CUGAUUUUUGGCCAUGUGUGACCUCCCUGAGUGGCACGGGCCCUGAGCCACCCGUGGCUGUGCGCCUGGCUACCCCAGCGCAGGCCUCUGAGCAACAGCCCCUGCCCGGAAACCACGACCGGCGCAACCCCGGACGGGUCGGUUUGCGCCCAGCCCAGCUCAGGUGACCAGGCGGGAACUUGGCACACCUGGCGCUGUCCCCUGACCCCGCCCCGGGCCGGGCCGCACCCCAGAACGCUCUCUCCCGGCGCCGGCGGCGGCGGUGCAGGGCCAUGGCGGCGGCGCCAGCGGUGUGCGCCUCGCAGGGACUCCCGCCGAGUGCACCGUCCGCGCCAGCAGCCGCGCCCGCACCCGCGACCGGCCUGGGCCGCUGCCGGAUGGCGCUGCUGUUGGCCGUGGCGCUGGACGUGGCGGGCAUGGCGGCGCUGCUGACCGGCGUGUUCGCGCAGCUGCAGGUGCGCGGCCGCGACUUCGGGGACCUGCUCAUCUACUCGGGCGCGCUGCUGGUGUUCCUGAGCCUGCUGGGCUGGAUCCUCUGGUACACGGGCAACAUCGAGAUCUCGCGCCAGGAGCUGGAGCGCGACUACGGCCUGCGGCCCUCUGCGCUCGCCCGCCUGGCGCGCAAGCUCUCCCGCCGCUGGUCGGCGCCCGCCGCCGCCGGCCCGCGCCCCACGCCCGGCUCCCGGAGAGCGCGCCGAGCCACCCGUGCGCCCCCACCGCCCGCCGCCGGCUCCCGCCGCGUGCGCCUGCAGCUAGCCACGCUCGAGGCCGGGCCUGGGGCGGCGGGCGCGGGCAGCGAGUGAGGCCCAGUGGAGGAAACCGAAGCACAGAAAGGCGCCACUUUUACCCAAAGCCACACAGCACAGAGGUGGAGGAUCUGGGAUUCUCCUGACCCGUAGUCCUAGGAGAGGAGGAGUAAGAGAGACCAACCGAGGCAGAAGAAGUGAAGCCACCGCACAUUCACCCCCCUUUCCCCUCUACCUUCUAGCUCUUUACUAAACACACCUCUCCAGCUUGCUGCCUCUGCUCAAAGACCUGCUGUGGCUCCCUCUCCACCUUUGGUUAAACUGAAGCACUCACUGGGCUGUGGAGCCCCCACAUGUUGUCCCCAUUUCUCCUGCCUCUCCGUAGUAAUGAUGUCUCUCAGUCCACAGAUGACCAGUUGGUCCCUGUUCCUGCUCUUCUCUAUACCAGGAGUGCCCUUGGCUGUCUCCACUCCACCCAGGAAACUUCUCACGUGUUUAAGAUCCAACUCAAUUUCUCUGACUUUCUCUAGAUCUUCAUAUUGUCUGAGUGACUCCUCUUGCUGCGUGUAUGGCUGUCUGCUGGGUCUGUGUUGGUAGUCUCUCCCACCUGACAGGGAGUACCUUGAGGGUAAGACCUAGAUUCCUGGUGCCCUCAUUCCUAGCAUUGCCCAGCAAAAAGGGUGAAAUCGGGAAAGGUUGGUGGUUGGGUAGGAAGGUGGAAAGAUGGAUGGAUGAAUGGAUGGGUGAAUGGGUGGAUGGGUGGAUGGAUGGAUGGGUGAAUGGGUGAAUGGGUGGAUGGGUGGAUGGAUGGAUGGAUGGGUGGAUGGAUGGAUGGAUGGAUGGGUGAAUGGGUGGAUG